GCGGCAGUCGCUGUCGUUAGUCAGUUUGUGUUGACCACGCGGUUGUGCAACUUGUUGCGGAUUUCCUCGUGUUCUUUUUUUUGUUAAUACAAACUUUGCGGUCUCACCAUGAGUAACUAUCAUAAACCUGAAGCCAAGGCGAUUGCCAAACUGGAGGAAUUGGCCAAUCUGUUAAGGAUACACUCGAUCAAUGCCACCGCUGCCAGCAAGUCUGGGCAUCCGACGUCGUGCUCGUCCAUGGCCGAGAUCAUGUCCGUACUGUUCUUUCACACGAUGCGCUACAAGAUCUCGGCGCCCCGCGACCCCAGCAGUGACAGGUUCAUCCUCAGCAAGGGCCACGCGGCUCCGAUCCUCUACGCAGCUUGGGCCGAGGCAGGCUUGUUCCCGACCAAGGAUCUCUUGAAUCUACGCCAGCUCUCGAGUGAUCUGGAGGGCCACCCGACGCCGCGGCUGAAUUUCGUCGACGUCGCCACCGGCUCCCUUGGCCAGGGCUUGUCCGUUGCCGCUGGUAUGGCUUACGUCGGUAAAUACUUCGACAAGGCCAGCUACAGGGCUUAUUGCCUGAUCGGCGACGGUGAAGCUGCCGAGGGUUCCAUCUGGGAAGCCUUGCACUUCGCGUCCUACUAUAAGCUCGACAAUUUGUGCGCGAUCUUCGACAUCAAUCGGCUGGGCCAGAGCGAGCCAACUUCUCUCCAACACAACAUGGAAGUCUACCGCAAGAGGCUCGAGGCGUUCGGUUUCAAUGCCAUAGUCGUCGACGGCCACGACGUCGAGGAGCUCGUUAAGGCUUUCCACGAGGCCGAACAAACCAAAAAUCGUCCCACUGCUAUUCUUGCCAAAACUUUCAAAGGCAAGAAUUUCGUCAACAUCGAGGAUCUCGAUAACUGGCACGGUAAGGCUAUUAUCGGUAGCCAGGGCCAGGAGAUCAUCAAGAAUAUUCAGGCAAUGUUGAAAACCCCAGCUCCCUUUGACCGUAAAAUCGCGGCUCCCGUGGAAGAUGCGCCCAAGAUCUCAAUCACCAAUAUCAAACUUGACACUCCACCCAGUUACAAAAUUGGAGAGCAGGUUGCCACUCGUUUUGCUUAUGGAACUGCCCUUGCCAAGUUAGCAAAAAAUCACCCCCGAGUGAUUGGAUUGGAUGGCGACACGAAGAAUUCAACCUUUGCUGACAAAAUCAAAGCCGUCGACCCUAACAGAUUUGUCGAGGGUUACAUUGCCGAACAGAACAUUGUUGGCGUUGCCAUUGGAGCUGCUUGUAGAGAUCGCACGGUCGCUUUCGUUUCAGCUUUCGCCGCGUUCUUCAGUCGUGCUUAUGAUCAAAUCCGAAUGGGCGCAAUCUCGCAGACCAACGUGAACUUUGUCGGCUCGCAUUGUGGUGUGUCGAUCGGCGAAGACGGCCCGUCGCAGAUGGCUCUCGAGGAUUUAGCUAUGUUCCGCGCGAUUCCCGGCUCAACUGUGUUCUAUCCAUCGGACGCAGUAUCGACCGAACGCGCCGCCGAGUUGGCAGCCAACACCAAAGGUAUCUGCUUCAUUCGUACCUCCAGACCCAACACUCCCGUCAUCUAUAAGAACGACGAGCCGUUGGCCAUUGGCAAAGCCAAAGUGGUACGCUCGUCUAACAGCGACCAAGCCCUGCUCAUUGGUGCCGGCGUUACGCUACACGAAUCCGUCAAAGCAGCCGAUAUCCUAGCCAAAAGCGGCAUCAACGUGCGUGUCAUCGAUCCCUUCACCAUCAAACCCAUCGAUCAGAACACUAUCAUUGAGAACGCUGUGCAAGUCGGCGGUAAGAUCAUUACUGUUGAGGACCACUACCCAGAGGGUGGACUUGGCGAAGCUGUACUCUCCGCUGUCGCAGAGCAUCCCAACAUUGUUGUCAGGAAACUUGCUGUCAAGGAGGUACCGAGGUCUGGUAAACCUGAGGAGCUCCUCCAUCACUUUGGUAUCGAUGCCCAGAGCAUUGUCAAACAGACUGAAGACUUCAUCAAACAUUGAAAACUAGAAUAAAUGCGUACAUAUACCUACUUACCUUAUGUUUUGAACAUCUGCAUAUCGACAAUUUACCAACUGCAUUUAUCAACGUAGUUGAUAAUCAAGAUUUUUACUUUUUUAUAAGUAUUCUAUAUUAAACCAGAAUGAAGUUUUCAUGGUCUCUUUUUCAAUCAACUGUACAAAUGCAAAUCUACUUAACAAAAUUAUCAAUGUUUUGGUAUUUAAAAAUAAAAUAAUUGUU